GUUUGCAGUUCGUUUGAAGUGUGUUCGUUUGCAACUGUUGUCUUGCAUCCUACAAACACUCUUUUGAUAUAAUAUGUAAUAAAAUACUCCAACUAAUAAACAACAAAAUGGAGCAGUUUCCCAAAAUAAAAUGAAAACUAACAGACCUGCUGAAAACACAUGUCAAUAAAUAAGAACGUACGAAUGAAAUAUCCCACACGAUUAUGACUCUGGGACCAAGGUGACCGAUCAAAACCCAACCCUCCUGGCCUUGCUUGUCUUUGGGCUUUAAUAAGCAGCAGAGUGGAACGUCAACCACCUUCCUCCUCCUCCUCGACACACACACACACACACACACACACAUACCUCUCAAGCUCGAGUGUCACGGGGCCAUGGUGGAAGGAAAACCGUACCGAUACGGGCUAAUCGUGGCCGGCUGGUGCGUGGUGACCAUGGGCCUCUUCAUCAUGAUCAAGGAGAGGCCUCACGUCUACGCCACCAUGUGUGCCCUGGGUGGUGCCAUGGUUCUAGUCGGGACCGUGUGGAGCGUGUGCCAGUGUUACCCCAAGGUUGUUCUCGCUCCUGGGAUGUGGGAUAAGAACCUGGAGGAUGUAGCAUGCAUUCGACAACAUGAGAGGGAAGCAAAUGCACCCAUUAAGCGGCACAACAGCUGCCCCGCGCUCCCCAUGCUGUGACGUCAUUGGAGCUGGCCUUGAUCCACCGGCCAUAACAUUAAGCACACCCAAACUGACCAUUAUCGUUUUGGGAAAGUGAUAUUUUUUUGUUACUCAAAGAGUGUCACGUGGCAAUAAUUUGUAUGAAAUAUAUAUUUUGUAAUCGUU